CCAUUACCAGAGCGCCAACCUCAAAAGCCGACAAAUAUACUGUCAAAUGUCAGAACACAUUUAAUACACACCAAUCGCGCUGCACUAUAGCGCUCGCUAUGGAAACGUCGUUCACUCGCCUGCCGGAUGAGAUAUUGCAUACAAUUCUCUGCUAUAGCCCUCCAUCUGCGGCUGCUGCUCUCGAACGCACCGCUCGCAGGUUCAGGAGCAUUGCAAACGAACCUCUGCUAUGGCGAUAUUACUGUUUGACUCACUUCAGCUUCUGGGAACAUCGGCAUGAUUUUAAGAAUAAACUAGCGGACCCUGUCUCUUCUGUGGAUUGGAAGGGGCUGUACGCCAGCAGAUGUCUAACUGACUCUACUGUUUCUAGCGCCCUAGAAAGCAUCCUCACAAGCCAAACAGGGCGACUAGAAAAGUUUCGCGUCAUCAUUAGCUUUGGAUACGAUGCUAAGGACACACUGAUACGGAACGCGCUUACAGGGCCUGAAAGAGAGGAUCAUUUGGCACGAAGAUAUUAUAGCCACGCUGUUCUGACUAGCUUACAUCGGCAUAUCGCUAUUCGGGAGUGGAUCAAACUGAGGCAAGGGGAAUCUAUACCCCUCGAGCGCGCACUUGGAGCUUUCGACCUUUUCGUUCCAGAGAGUAAUGUUGGAGACUUAUUUGAUGUCACCAACACGCUUGAUAGGAUCAUAGCUGAUCUCACGCAUGAGGAGCCCGACAUUCGAGCCUCGACGCCGCGUUCUCGGGCUCUAGCUAUCGCAUCAUAUCUGAGAAGGAGAAAGCUUACGGGGAUUGAAGAAGACCGCGAUUAUCACAGUCUCGAACAUAACUUUUUAGGGAUAGCAUUGGCUGACCCGGGCCAUAAUUCACUACCCUUAAUAUCUGCUGCUAUCUACUGCUAUGUUGCACAGGGCCUGGGCCUGAAUGCCCGUCCCUGUGGGUUUCCUUUCCACGUUCAUGUCAUUAUCAUCCCACCACGUGGCCUGGACAUGGAUGGACGCAUACUUGCUGACGGCGCUCAGGGAGAGCCCAUGUACAUGGACCCGUUCCGGUCCACUGGAGAAACACCAGUAUCCAGUCUGCGUAGUCAACUCAACUUCCUGGGGGCUUCAAAUCUUGAGCAGUCGGUCUUCCUUGGGGAAUCGGAGACAUCCGAGAUUGUGCUGCGCUGCGGAAAGAAUAUCCUGCGCUCCAUCCAACACAUGUCCUUACAACCAGCUUUGGCUAUACCGUCCAUCGAUAUCGGGAGCGCAAAAUAUGCUGGCUUAUGGUCUUCCAUGAUCUUUGCGGGCCCAUCAAGACCAAUAGAACUUCGACAGCACCUACCUUGGCUUAUGGAGUUGUUUGCUACGGAUUUCCCUUCAGACCUCUACUUGAUCGAAGAAUGCCUGGUACCUCUCUUCCAGGGACUUCCAGAAUAUGAACAUCUUCGGGAGAGUUUGCAUGUAAUGAAGGCUGUCGACGAAAUACCCAGGCAAAUACGGCGGCGUACUUCUGCACACCAGAAUGUCAAAUAUCGCGUAGGCCAGGUGUUUCGCCAUCGUCGCUAUGAUUACACAGCUAUCAUAACAGGCUGGGAUGCCGAAUGUGGUGCAGGGGAGCAGUGGAUGAGGCAAAUGGGCAUUGAUGAUCUGCAAGCUGGUCGACAUCAGAGUUUCUACCAUGUUCUUGUUGAGGAUAGGAGCAGUCGAUAUGUCGCCGAAGAAAAUAUUGAGAUUAUAAAACCUGAUAUUUCCGAGCUACCUCCUGUUUUCUCGACUAUUGCUGGUAAGCAUUUUAAGAGAUGGGAUGAACAUAGCCGGACGUAUAUAAGUAACAUUAGAGAUGAAUAUCCCGACGAUUGAUGUGUUUACUUUGGAUCUGUAUAUAUAUAAAGAUAAGAAAAAGAUAUUUAUGAUUUAUAUUAUAUCCAUUUGGGUGUAGUAUAAUGAUAUACAAAUGGAGAAGAGUAUACAUUGGU